AUUAAAUUUCGUGACGAAAUUGGAGUCAAAACAAGUAGACAAAGACAAUUGUCAGUAACAAAAUAAAGUGAAUUCAAAUACAAUAAUAACAUUAAAAAAUAUAUAAAAUAAUAAUUAAGACAACAUGCCGUAUGCUAAUCAACCUUCAGUACAUAUUUCAGACUUAACUGAAGAAAAUGUUAAAUUUCAAGUUGAGGAUACUGAACUCAGUGUCGCAAAUAGUAUGAGGCGAGUGUUUAUCGCAGAAACGCCGACUCUUGCAAUUGAUUGGAUCCAAUUAGAAGCCAACUCCACUGUUUUGAGUGACGAGUUUCUUGCUCACCGUAUCGGCAUGAUUCCUUUGAUCAGCGACGAGGUAGUUGACAAAAUUCAGUACACUCGUGAUUGCUCAUGCCAGGAUUUCUGUCCAGAGUGUAGCGUUGAAUUCACUCUGGAUGUAAAGUGCUCUGAGGACUCUACCCGGCAUGUAUCCACAGCCGAUUUAAAGUCCAGCGACCCAAGAGUCAUGCCAGUCACUUCCCGACACCGCGAAGACGACGCCAGUGAAUAUGGAGAAACAGACGAAAUUCUGAUAGUAAAGUUACGAAAAGGUCAGGAAUUAAAACUAAGAGCUUACGCUAAAAAAGGGUUUGGUAAAGAACAUGCUAAAUGGAACCCAACAGCUGGUGUCAGCUUUGAAUAUGAUCCAGACAAUGCAAUGCGUCACACUUUAUUUCCAAAACCUGAUGAGUGGCCUAAGUCCGAGUACUCUGAGCUAGAAGAAGAUCAAUAUGAAGCUCCAUUUAACUGGGAGGCGAAGCCAAACAAAUAUUAUUUCAACGUUGAAAGCAGCGGAGCUUUGAAACCAGAAAACAUUGUCAUGAUGGGAAUAGCAGCUCUGAAAAAUAAACUGUCCAACUUACAGACUCAAUUAAGUCACGAAGUUCAAAGUGACGCGCUCAGUAUUCAUCAUUAAUCUCCAUACCAAUAAAUCAACCGAUUAAUUAAUUCAAUUUUUUUACUGUAAAAUAAA